GGGUGGGUCAAGGCCAGGAAAGUAGCACUUGUUCGCUGGCGGCCCCAGAACGCUGGACGCCUAGGCACGAAGUGGGCAUGGAGACUUGGACCCAGCCGGACUCGGGUUUCUCUGGAAACCCCCCUGGUAAGUGUGGAGGAGGUGGGACACUCUGACCCAAGACGAAAGGCCUGGAGCUUCAGCCAAAGAAAAUAAACCUUAGGAGAGAGAAGGAAAAAAAAAAAAAAAAAAAUCUGUCAGCUGUUCCUGAGAACAGCCUGCAGUGGAAUCUACAGAGAGGACAACUAAUGUGAGUGAGGAAGUGACCGUAUGUGGACUGUGGAGACAGUAAGUCACGUGGGCCCUGAGUGCCUGGACUGGGUUAGGAAUAGUUGUACUUUCAGAGGUGAGGUGUCAAGAAGGGAAAAGUGAAUGUGGUCUGGAGUGUGGCCUUGGCUCCACGGGGCGGUCUUUCCUCUGGGGCCAUCAGGGAGGUCAACCCCUGUGUUCUGCCAGGGUGGGGUAAAGGGUCUGGCACCGAGGAGGGUAACCUGCUGGCUGGAGCAGCAGUGCAGUGGCCUUGAUUUGUCUUUUGGAAGAUUUAAAAACCAAAAAGCAUAAACAUUCUGGUCCUUCAGCAAUGCUUUCUCUGAAGAAAUACUUAACGGAAGGACUUCUCCAGUUCACCAUUCUGCUGAGUCUGAUUGGGGUGCGGGUGGACGUGGAUACUUACCUGACCUCACAGCUCCCCCCGCUCCGGGAGAUCAUCCUGGGGCCCAGCUCUGCCUAUACUCAGACACAAUUCCACAACCUGAGGAAUACCUUGGAUGGCUAUGGUAUCCACCCCAAGAGCAUAGACCUGGACAAUUACUUCACUGCCCGUCGGCUCCUCAGUCAGGUGAGGGCCCUGGACAGGUUCCAGGUGCCAACCACCGAGGUAAAUGCCUGGCUGGUUCACCGGGACCCGGAGGGGUCUGUCUCUGGCAGCCAGCCCAACUCAGGCCUCGCCCUUGAGAGUUCCAGUGGCCUCCAAGAUGUGACAGGCCCAGACAACGGGGUGCGAGAAAGUGAAACGGAGCAGGGAUUCGGAGAAGAUUUGGAGGAUUUGGGGGCUGUAGCCCCUCCAGUCAGUGGAGACUUAACCAAAGAGGACAUAGAUCUGAUUGACAUCCUUUGGCGGCAGGAUAUUGAUCUGGGGGCUGGACGUGAGGUUUUUGACUAUAGUCAUCGUCAGAAAGAGCAGGAUGUGGAUAAGAAUCUGCGAGAUGGAGGAGAGCAGGAGGACACCUGGGCAGGAGAGGGUGCGGAAGCUCUGGCCCGAAACCUACUAGUGGACGGAGAGACUGGGGAGAGCUUCCCUGCACAGGUGCCUGGUGGGGAGGACCAGACAGCCCUGUCCUUGGAAGAGUGCCUUAGGCUGCUGGAAGCCACCUGCCCCUUUGGGGAGAAUGCUGAGUUCCCAGCAGAAGUUGCCAGCAUCACAGAAGCAGUGCCUAGUGAAAGUGAGUCUCCAGCUCUUCAAAACAGUCUCUUGUCUCCUCUCUUGACGGGGACAGAGUCGCCAUUUGAUUUGGAACAGCAGUGGCAAGAUCUCAUGUCCAUCAUGGAAAUGCAGGCCAUGGAAGUGAACACAUCAACAAGUGAAGUUCUGUACAAUGCCCCUCCUGGAGACCCCCUGAGCACCAACUACAGCCUUGCUCCCAACACUCCCAUCAAUCAAAAUGUCAGCCUGCAUCAGGCAUCCCUGGGGGGCUGCAGCCAGGACUUUUCACUAUUCAGCCCUGAGGUAGAGAGCCUGCCUGUGGCUGGCAGCUCCACUCUGCUUCCGCUGGUCCCCAGCAAUUCCACCAGCCUCAACUCCACCUUUGGCUCCACCAACCUGGCAGGGCUUUUUUUCCCACCCCAACUCAAUGGCACAGCCAAUGACACAGCAGGCCCAGAGCUGCCUGACCCUCUGGGGGGCCUAUUAGAUGAAGCCAUGCUGGAUGAGAUCAGCCUGAUGGACCUGGCUAUCGAGGAGGGCUUCAACCCUGUGCAGGCCUCCCAGCUUGAGGAAGAGUUUGACUCUGACUCUGGCCUCUCCCUGGACUCCAGCCAUAGCCCUUCUUCCCUGAGCAGCUCUGAAGGCAGCUCUUCUUCCUCUUCCUCCUCUUCCUCUUCUUCCGCUUCUUCCUCUGCCUCUUCCUCUUCCUCCUUUUCUGAGGAAGGUGCUGUUGGCUAUAGUUCUGACUCUGAGACCCUGGAUUUGGAAGAGGCUGAGGGUGCAGUGGGUUACCAGCCUGAGUACUCCAAGUUCUGUCGCAUGAGCUACCAGGAUCCGUCUCAGCUCUCCUGCCUGCCCUACUUGGAGCAUGUGGGCCACAACCACACAUACAACAUGGCACCCAGUGCCCUUGACUCUGCUGACCUGCCACCGCCCACAACCCUCAAGAAAGGUAGCAAGGAGAAGCAGGCCGACUUCCUGGACAAGCAGAUGAGUCGGGAUGAGCAUCGAGCCCGUGCCAUGAAGAUUCCGUUCACCAAUGACAAAAUCAUCAACCUGCCUGUAGAGGAAUUCAAUGAGCUGCUUUCCAAAUACCAGCUGAGUGAGGCCCAGCUGAGCCUUAUCCGUGACAUUCGGCGCCGGGGCAAGAACAAGAUGGCAGCACAGAACUGCCGCAAGCGCAAGCUGGACACCAUCCUGAACCUGGAGCGUGAUGUAGAGGAUCUGCAACGCGAUAAGGCCCGACUGCUGCGAGAAAAGGUGGAGUUCCUGCGGUCACUGCGGCAGAUGAAACAGAAGGUCCAGAGCCUGUACCAAGAGGUGUUUGGGCGGCUACGGGAUGAGAAUGGGAGGCCCUACUCGCCCAGUCAGUAUGCACUCCAGUAUGCUGGGGAUGGUAGUGUCCUCCUCAUUCCUCGCACCAUGGCUGACCAGCAGGCCCGGCGGCAGGAGAGGAAGCCAAAGGACCGGAGGAAGUGAGCCUGGGGAGGCAGGGGUGGACGCUCACUAAGACCGAAACUGGAGAAGGGCUGGGCCUGGACCUGGACCUGGACCUACAGUGGGGACUUCAAUGCCUUCUUAUCCAAUAUAUCGUCUCAGAUGGGAUGACUGCGGGUCAGUGCAUAGGAAGAGGCGGGCGCGGGCGCAGUGUGGCUCAACUUCCCCCACUGACGUGGGUGGAAGUGGCCAGACCAUUUGGGUGGCCAGGGUCCCCACUCUACCCCUUUCUUGUGAGGGGGAAGGGUAGUACUGGCAUUGCUGGAGGUGAAAGCUGCAGGGAGUAAAGGCCAAACAAAAGGUAUGGAAGGGAGAAAAAGUGGUAGAAAGUCUCAUUUCUGGAAGGAAGGAAACCCAAAAAAAAAAAAAAAAAAA